AUGGCGGGUAACACUCUAUCAGGUCAGUCUCGGUCCGAGAAGCACAACUCCAUCGUUCCAUCCGACCCUGAGAACAUCUCUGGAACGCAAGAUGGAGUUUUCUCGCCCGCACAGGAAGAGGUGUAUCCGGAGGGAGGCACGCAGGCAUGGUUCGCAGUUACCGGCUCCUUCUUGGUUUACUUCGCAUCCUUUGGCGUCGUGAACAGCUUCGGUUUCUUCCAGACUUUUUACCAGCAAGAAUAUCUGAAGAAUUACUCGCCGACCGCCAUCUCCUUCAUUGGCACGCUGCAAAUCACGCUGAUGUACCUCUCGGGCUCGGUCGCUGGAGCACUGUUUGAUCUUUACGGUCCCAAGUGGCUCUACCUGUUCGCCGCGAUCGGGGGCGCUGGCUCUAUGCUUGCAACAUCUUUCACUCAGCCCAACGCGAUUUGGCAGCAGUUCUUGGCUCAAUCUCUCCUUUUUGGCCUCACUGUUGCCUACGGAGUUCAGCCGGCUCUCACCGUAACAGGGCAAUAUUUCCACCGAAAGCGUGCCAUGGCCAUGGGCAUUGUGGCAUCUGGCAGCAGCCUGGGCGGGGUUUGCCUCCCGAUCAUGUUUUCGAGACUCGUCCCCCAGAUUGGCUUUGCAUGGGCACUCCGUGUUGGCGCCGUGAUUCUGCUGACCUGUUACGGUUUGGCCAUAGUUGUGUCCUCUUCAAAGCAGCCAAAGAGGAAGCUGAAAUCUCUCGGAAGCUUGCUUGAUUACAGGGGCUUCUUAGAUAUACGCUACUCAUGUCUCUCGGCUGGAGCGGUCAUCGCAAGCCUGGGCGUGUAUGUCCCAUUUUACUACUUAGGUGAGUCUUAG